UAACAUAAUGUUUUGUAUUUUUAUUUGAAAAAAAAAACUGUUUUAAAAAGAGAUAAUAGUCAUAAGUGUUUUUAAUCUAAAAAGUUAUCAAACAAAUAUUGCAUUUAAAGAUGAUGAUUAUUUCAAAUAGUUUUUCAAAUAAUAUUAAAAAAAAUUUGAACAAUGAGUAAAAAAUUUGGAGAAGACUCAACUGCAAUGGAGGUUGUGGAAGGCAUUAGUUUGAAAGGUUAUGAGGUAAUUGUUACUGGUGGAAAUUCUGGAGUUGGUGUUGAAACUCUGAGAGCGUUAGCAAAAGCUGGUGCUAGAUGUAUUCUUUGUACAAGAGAUUUGGAAAAAGGACACCAAGUUGCUAAAGAACUAAUUGCUUCUACUGGCAACAAUCAAAUCGAAGUGGAGCUACUCGAAUUAGACUCGUUAGAAAGUGUAGAUUGUUUUGUGCAAAGAUUUCUUGCCAAAAACAGACCGUUAAAUAUUUUGGUUAAUAAUGCUGGAGUUUUGGCAUGUCCUAUAUCUUACACUAAAAAUGGAUUUGAGACUCAAUUUGGUGUCAAUCAUAUGGGACAUUUUGCUUUGACCAUUGGACUUUUACCUGCGUUAAAAGAGGGUGCUAAACUUAUGAGUAAUAAAUCUAGAGUAAUCAAUGUCAGUUCAACAGCGCAUGCGUUUCAGAACGUUGAUUUCAAUGACAUACAUUUUACAAAAGGAAGGAAGUAUGAAACGGUUAUAUCAUAUGGACAAUCAAAAACAUGCAAUUGUUUGUUUUCAUUGGCCUUGACAAAAAGGUUUUUUAAGGAUGGUAUUGCUUCAAACUCAGUUAUGCCUGGAUUUAUAAUGACCAAAAUUUGGAGACAUACAAGUAAAGAGUUACUAAUUGAAAAAGGACUGAUUGAUGCUAACGGUAAAUCGUUAAUAAAAAUGAAAUCAAUAGAGGCGGGAGCCUCAACCUCAGUUUGGGCUGCAGUAUCUCCAGAAUUAGAAGGAAAAUCUGGACUGUAUUUAGAGAACUGUUCAAUUGGCAAGGAAGAACUAGAUAUCGAAAAGAUAUGCGCAGAGAUUUUCGGUUAUGCACCGUAUAUUAUGGAUGAUGAAGCUGCUGAUAAACUUUGAAACAUUUCAGAAGAAUUAUUGAAAAAAAGAUCCAUUUAACAGCAUUGGUUUUGUCUAAUAGCUUUUAUUUAUAUUCAAAUUUCUUUUUAUAAUUAAAAAUAAAAAGUAAAUAAAAUGUAAAUAUUA